CAGGAGCUAUAGGAAAGGAAUAGGAGUUGUGGUUAUGUAAAUAAAUAAAUUAAAGUUUUGAUUAUUCUAAAUUUAAUUAAAACAACCAAUAUGAUAGAACCUAAAGCAGUAACUAAAAAGUUCUUUAAUAAAGAGACUGAACAACUUGUGGGCGAAUACCAGUUACAUUUAUAUCGAGCCUUUUUCGACAAAUACAAUAUACAAUUGAGUUCAUUUAAGGAGAAAUUGUCCCAUUUGUACAAUAUACGCUCGGAGAUUGUCGUGUUAGAAAAUGGUGCUACUGAGGAUAUAUCCUUACUAGAAAUUGUUCAGUCUGAUAAUAAACUGUUAAGUAAAAUAUUAGCAAGUCUUGGAGCACUAUGUGAGGAACUGUUGUUACUAAUCAAAGAAGUCUACACAGACUACCAUGUUUCGUUUAUAAUAUAUGGGGAGGAAACAGAGAAGGGUAUUGCAAAUCUCUCGUCAAUUAGUAAAGUAAUGGAUCAACUGCAGCGAGUCAGUCUUUUUGUGGAUCGUGCUAGGCAUGUCAUCAUAUUACUGUUAAAACAACUUUGCGUGAUUUUGGGAAAAAACUUGUAUAAUGAGAGCUCGGUUACAUGUUUUCCGGAACCAUUAGAUUACUUAGCAGAGAUGUUGGUUUGUUUAAUUACCCUAGAUGGCGUGUGUGGAGAUUUACUACAAGAACAUUGGACUACGUAUCGUAAAGCUGUGAGGUUAAUGUUACACAAUCCGUCCCAGUUUCAAAUCCCCGUGGAACAGUUACGGUUUCUUAAGGAAUGCACGGCAACCCUAGAAUCAAAAUUGUUGAAGGGAAACAUAUUUCAGCAAACUGUGGAGAAGUGUCUGGAGGAGGGCUUAACUAUUACAAUAAAAAAUUGCAGUUUAGCAAAUGAAAUUAUGUUAUACAUCCUGCAGAUGUUAACCGAAUUGGAGAAAGACGAUGACAAUAUGUCUUUUACACAAAUUUGCUUGCAAGUAAACGCCAUGUACGUGUUGCAUUAUUCUUUGUUUGGAAGUUUUGACAAAAAGAUUUAUAAACGACUAUCCGAGGUGAAUAAAAAGGCUGCUGCAUGCGUUCUUGUGGGAAAUACGGUGUGGCAUCCCGAAGCAUUUUUAGUUCGUCACAUUCCUCCGUUAUCUAAAAUUAUAGAUAUUAAAACCUACACAAAUAAUCGCCUAACGCUGCUUGCAACCAGAAGCCAAAAUCUGCCAAAAGAAGCCCAUAGCCUCUGCUUACAGGUAUAUACAUGGAUGAGUGAACUCGUACACGUAACAGAAAUGGACAUGACACAUUUACAAAUUAAUUACCUACAAAAUGUUGCCGACACCUUCAUAAAUGGUAUCAGGCUUGUCAAGAAAAUCAGUGAGCUUGUUAAAUGGAUUACAAACAUGCAUGUAGACGCCGAGCGACCCAUGACGAAAUCAACUCUUUUGGCCCUUUGUAGACUUGUAGAAGUCUUAAAAGCGAUACAGUUCAUUUUUCAAAAAAAUUUGCUCCCGUUAAUUUACGUCAUAACACUAAUUACUCAACAUUUAGCUUAUAAAGCCGUUACAGAACUUGCAAAGCUAAAGCGAAGUUUAACCCAAGAAAAGUUCUAUAAAGAACAACAGUUAGAUGUCUUAUCAUCACUCAAUGUAGCAGAAAGAGCACUUAAAGGUCCGAAUACAACUCGUCGUUUACUAAUAAUUAAGUUAGCCUUGUCAGCAAGUGGCCUCUCAUCCGAAAAUUUGUCUGAUCUACGCGCUGUGAUAAAUCGUUUAGAAAUGAUGUGCAGCUUUCCAACUGUACUGUAUAAGCUGUGCAACUGUUCAUUCUUGUAUUGGCACCAAGUGCUGCUGCCCGUUUACUUCUCUAAAAUGAUAGAUACUAGUGUCGACUUGUCUAGAUUUUAUCUCUUGUUUGACUCGCUGAAUGACUGCAGCGUAAUUGCAGAGAAGAAGGUUCAAACCGUAACCUACCAAUAUUUGAAAAGCGACAUAAUUGAUGUAAUGAAUCAGUUGGUUGAAACAAAUUUGCGGCUCCAAACGCAUUUACAUCUGCAGCUGCCACCAUCGGAUCCGUUUCAGAAUCCGCCACCGUCCAAUUUUAAAAAUUUGCUUCCUGCGUUUUUCAACAAUCAUUAUAUUCAUAUUAAAGAAGAGGUCGAACAUUACUUGAGUACCAUGUUUUAUAACCUAACAACUGUCGUUUUGCACGACUGGAGGACGUAUGGGGAAAUGAGAAGGUUAGCAAUGCUGCAGUAUGGUUUAAACACAGUUGAAGACAACCUACCAAUUCAAACUUUAGAACAAGGUCUCGACGUAUUGGAGAUAAUGCGAAAUAUUAACGUAUUUGUGGUGAAAUAUUCGUACAACCUAAACAAUCAGUUUUUCAUCGAAGAUCAAAGUAACAAUAAGCAUCUUAACACAAUCAAUAUUUUGCAUGUUGCGAACUCCAUUCGUACGCACGGAAUCGGCAUUAUGAACACGACAGUGAACUUCAUAUAUCAAUUCCUACAACAAAAAUUUUUUACCUUUUCUCAAUUCAUGUUCGACGAGCAAAUCAAAUCGAGGCUUUUAAAAGAUUUAAAGUUUUUUACUGACAAUAAGAAUGAAAGUCAAAUGUACCCGUAUGAGCGCGCUGAGAAAUUCAAUGUUGCUAUACGACGAUUGGGACUUAACCAGGAGGGUUUGAGUUACUUGGAUUUGUUUCGUAAACUCAUUACGCGUAUAGGAAAUGCUAUGGGGUAUAUUCGAAUGAUAAGAUCUGGUGGAAGACGCUGUCUUGCUGAUGCAACCUGUUUUAUUCCAGACUUGAAGGCUAUUAGCGAUUUAAAUAAGCUUUUGGAACACGAAAAUUUGAGUGAACCUUCCAAAAAAAGAAUCGAGUCAUUUGCUAGUAGCGUAAAUAACUUAGUCGAGAAUUUUGAAGAAGCCACCGAAUAUUUUAAGCUACUUGUAAAAGUAUUCAUACCCACACUUCGGAAUUCGCAAAAUGUGCACUUGAAGAAUUUUUAUAUUAUUGUUCCACCACUUACUGUUAAUUUUGUCGAACAUCUUUUUAAUUGCAAAGAGAGAUUGAAUAAAAAAAAUCGUGGCGUUUCAGCAUUCACUGAUGAUGGCUUUGCUAUGGGAUUGGCGUUUAUUAUAAAAUUACUCAAUCAGAGCAGUCCGUUAAAUUCCCUACAUUGGUUCCAAUCCGUGCAAGCCAAGCACAAACAAGAUCGAGCGCAGUUGGACAUUCAAAAAACCCUUGCAAGCAAAGAAGAUGAUAAACUACAGCAUACAUUAGCACUUACUGAAAAGCGGUUAAAUGCGUUUGAAAAGGAGUUUCGAUUGUUGUUCUACAGUUUCAACAGCUGCCGAAUAUUUUUUGAAUAAAAGUCUGUGAAUAUUCUAAUUUUUAUACUGCUGUUAUUUAUUUUUUAUUAAAAAUUAUAAAUUUAUAGAAAUGUU